AUGCCGGCUGGCCUUCCAGCUGGAGUGGCAUGGAAGACUGGAAGUAAGACUACAGGCGAUUGCGAGAUUGCCAUUGCCAUUGAAGGUGACAUUGAAGCGUACUUCUAUCGCGGUACACCGUCUAGCGAUGAGCAGUGGCAACAAUGCUGGGAUUCCACUGAUGCCAUCAUCAAGGAAUGCAUCAAUGAAGGACCAAAUACCGGCUGGGUUAACGGGCCCAAUCCUUACCAAGUAAAGCAUUCUUCCACUUGA